CCUGCCCCGUGCAGCUUGGCCAGCUGAAGUCCAUUCCCGAGGCAACGCCCGCCAGGAUGAACAUCCGCAAUGCCCGGCCCGACGACCUGAUGAACAUGCAGCACUGCAACCUGCUGUGCCUGCCCGAGAACUACCAGAUGAAGUACUACUUCUACCACGGCCUGUCGUGGCCCCAGCUCUCCUACAUCGCCGAGGACGAGGACGGCAAGAUCGUGGGCUACGUCCUGGCCAAGAUGGAGGAGGACCCCGACGAUGUCCCGCACGGGCACAUCACCUCCCUGGCCGUGAAGCGCUCGCACCGGCGCCUCGGCCUGGCCCAGAAGCUUAUGGACCAGGCCUCGCGGGCGAUGAUCGAGAACUUCAGCGCCAAGUACGUGUCCCUGCACGUCCGGAAGAGCAACAGGGCGGCCCUGCACCUCUAUUCGAACACCCUCAACUUCCAGGUUAGUGAGGUGGAACCCAAGUACUACGCCGAUGGGGAAGAUGCUUAUGCCAUGAAGCGGGAUCUCUCAGAGAUGGCGGAAGAGCUGAGACGGCAGCUGGUGCUGAAGAAGGGCAGAUACGUGGUUCUGGGCUCCGGAGAGAACCAGGAGGCCCAGGACAGCACACUUCCUGGUGCCGAAGAGAACCCUGCCGGUGAAGACAGUGGCAGCGACAGCACUGAAGACCAGGACAGCUCAGAGGACCGGGAUUCCACCUCCUAGAGCCUUGCCCAAGCAUUGCUGGUCUGCAUGUCUCAGCUGCAUUAUCCUGCGAACCCUGGCCUGGCCAGUGCACUCUGCCAUCUCUUCUCUGCUGGGCUUACCUGACACUGACUCGAAAGGCUUCUCAUAUUCAUCUCUUCUUCCACAUAAAGCUACUGUGAUCAUGAAGGUAUGCAUCAGCAUGGGAUCCUGCUGGGCAAGAGCCGAGGAAGCGCAAAGCCUGCCAUGACAGAACAUCCCUGGCCCUCUCACCAUGCUGCCAUUGUACUGAUUGUAGCGUUCCCACGUCGGGCUGUGGUUACGCUGCACAGCUGGCUCCUAGAAAUGCCAAACAGGAAGCAGGGCAACUCUUGAAGCCUCUGGUUUGCAGAUUUUGCCAUUGUUUGUCUGGGUUCCCAUCACUACAGGGGAGUUAGCACCAUCAGGUUAGAUGUCAUUCCCCUUCCUCUUCCAGCAGAAGUUGUUUAUUCUCGCUUUCUCUGGAACUCCCUUUGUCCUAUCCUCUACCUUCACAGGGUAUUCUCCCCACGUUCCAGAGGGAGAAUGUGGUAAAAAUGGGGGGUCCCCUCCUCCCCCACACAAGCAGAGUGUGUGGGUUUCAGGAGAAGAACAAGGAGUCAUUAAAUGGGGCGAUCUUCUGCUUGUUCACAUCAGUUGCCUUCUGUCUUUGUUUGCUUUCUUUUGUAAUGAUGUCACUUGCCAUUUAUUGAAGAUUGAGCGUGCACACGCAGUUAUGGCAUGUGUGUACAUGUAAUCCUGUGGGUGACCCCGGGGGUGGACAUUAUUAUCUCUGUUUUACAGAGAGAUCAAUGGAAGCGGUGCAGCACAGAACUGUUCGGGAUCUCAGCCCAACCUGGUCCGUGUUGCUCCUGGUCGGACUCUGCAUUUAUUUGCAAAGCGCUGUUAAAAUGUCACAAAAAGGAGACUGUGCUGUUUAAAAUUGUUCAGUGUUGACUUAACAUAUGACAACCACGUAUCAACUGUAAAUAUGUAAACUUCAACUGUGGUCCCUAUGUAGUGAAUUAGUAAAUAUAAGUGAAGGCAAAGGGCUUUGACUCCGCAGAAAAGUCACAGCCAGAUCAAUUUAGAACUGACUAAUGUUUUCAUGUUCUCUGAACAUUAAUUACCGAAAUGUCCAUGUUUAUGUUUAGAUUUGUAUGAAACUGGGUUUACAUCUAAGCCCUGACAUUAACCAGCUGAUGGCAAGAGAUAAGUCUGUUCCCUGUAAUUCAUAGCAGCCCUGAUAAGUACUUCUUACAGGCCUGCCCCAGUGCAUGGAGAAGGCCUGUGUACAGGCAAAGGCUUGCCCGAGGCAGAGCUACAACUCCAGUCUGUGUGGCCACACGGGCCUCUGUCUUUCCGUUUUCCUUUCUCAUUUUCGCCCUUCCCUCUGAAAUGGUUUUAGUCGUUCCCCUCAAGCAUGUGAUUAUCUCUUUAUUUUUGGAUGUUACAGCUUUCUAACAUCUGUCUCUAGGGCAGCAUAAUCUUAGUGAUGGAAUAUUCCAUGUUUUCCUUGAGCCCUUGUCAAUAUGUCUUCGUGCUAACAGCUCAGCAGAUGGGGAACAGAAGGAGUAGCCUCAGCUUACCUGGGUGAUUUCUCUUCAGCUCAGCGACAGCCACAUCCUCUCUAGCAACCUGAUGUUAAUCCUUGGAGCAGUUGGGAAAUAAGAAAGGCUUCCAGAUGCUUGCAGCGUGGCUGACUAAAACUGUUGGCUCUUUUCUUUCUUACCAGGAGACAGCAGAAACUUAGCAAUGCCUACCUAGUGUGGGUCAUGCCUGUUGAGAUAGUGAGAGGAAACAGGAUCUUAGCAUCAUUUAGGGCCUAAAUUAGCAAGUUCCGAGCUUUCCCGUGCGCGCGCUGCCGUGAACAGAAGCAGCAGUUUCUGCCAGUCCCAGGGUGGGCACCUCUGGCGCUGCUUUCGUAGCAGCACCGUUCUCUACAGACAGAGCAGAGCAUGGUUUGUUUCUGCAUAGAUCACUUGCUUUUUAUUUAAGCUGGUCCUAGAGAGACCAACGCAAGGAUGUAGACUAGUUCAUCGUAUGAGCAGUUUUGUUGGCUGCAGACAGUGACUCACACCCCUUCUUCAUGUGUGGCUUCAUACUGGCUGGACCCUGGUCUCAGCAAAUUGUUCAAAUGUGUUCCUCUCCAGGAUGUAAAGUUCUGUUUAGUUGUGGCAUCAACUUGUGAAUGAAGCCUGUGAGUUGCGUGCUUAAAAAUUUGUUUUUUUUUUUCCUUUGAGAUAAGACCAAUAAGCAAGAGAUGAUGAUAAGAAAUAAAAUAAUGGAAUAUAGGGGUGAGAGAGACAUGCGGAGUAGUACUGGAAAUUGAACCAAGGCUGGUAAGCUUUGAAAGGAUCAAGAAAUAAAGGAAUUUAUCUCAUUAGUUCUAUGGAAUGCUGAUAUUGACUAGUAUGGGUCAUAGAACUCAACUUCUAGCCAGUCUGAGUUACUUCGAAUUACUUGUUUGAUUAGUUUGCGGUAGACUCUAAAUAAAUCAGAAUUAUUCUUAAAUACUCACUCACACAAAUGCUGUUUGUGAUACUGUGUCAAGAGGUUGAUGACCAAUAAUUUCAGUAGUAAGUUCCAAACAUAUCAAAAUGCUUACAAUAAAGAUGUUUGUAUAUAGUUUACGAAGUAAUUGAUAAUAACCAGCAUUACGUCAUGUAUUGGAUUGCUUUGAUGAGCUGAGUCCUUGCCUUCCAGGGACUUGACCUGACUGGGUGGUGAGGGGAUGAAUAAAGACAAAUGCAGGUGCACAGAGAAGCUGGGGUUGGGUGGCCUGGGCUCUCUGAUGGAGAAACUGCAGCCCAGUGGAUACUCAGUCCCUUUAGUAUAUAGAAUGGAGAUGUGGGGUUACUACAUGCAGCUGAACAAGGGGACAUGGGUUAUAGUACACAGCUGGAUAAAGAGCCAGGUUCAGCUAAUACAACAGGAGCAGUCUGUUGUGGAAUAUUAUUUUAAGAUGUGUUACAUUUGUUUAUGCUGUGGAGAUUUGUUUAAAGAUGUGUUGCAUUCUUAACUCUGGGAAGCUGUGUUACUUUGCCUGUCUAAAACACCUGAUUGGUCCAAUAAAAAGCUGAACAACCAGUAGCCAGGCAGGAGAAAGGAUAGGCAGGGCUUGGCAGGCAGAGAGAAUAAAUAGGAGAAAUCUGGCAAGAGAAGAUUGGGGAGCAAGAGAAGGAGAAGGGGACUCCAGGGGCCAGCCACCCAGCUGUGCAGCAAGCCACAAAGUAAAGAAAGGUAUAUACAGUAAAAUCACAGAGGCAAAAGGCAGACAGGAUAAUUUAAGAAAAGCUGGCUAAAAAUAAGCCAAACUAAGGCCAGAUAUUCAUAAGUAAGAAUAAGUCUCCGUGAAUUUAUUUGGAAACUGGGUGUUGGGACCCCAAAGAGUAAAGAAUGAAAAAGAAAAAGACUACAGCAGUCCCUGUAAAGGAGCAGUCAUCAGACCAUAAAUGUAUUGAGGGAGUAUGGCUAUGGUGGGCAGACCUUUUCUGCACACACUAUCAACAUCUGUGACCUGACCAGAGGACAGCUUUGCCAUCUCUGUGUGUACGCUCAUAGCCACACCCAUAUCAAUACACAGUUAUUCAGAGUAUCCUCUGCUCUCCACAUGGCUGCAUUAGUUCUUCCAUCUUAAAAAAAAAUCUGUGAGAGUCCUUUAAGAUUUCACAUUAAUUUUUUAAAUAUUAUGUUUGGGUGGGCACAUGCACCACAGAGCCAUGUGGAGGUCCAGGGACAACUUGUGACAAUUGCUUCUUCUACCAUGUGGGUCCCAGGGACUGAAGGGACAAGUGCUUUUACUGUUUAAGCCGUAUUGCUUGCCAUAGAAAUAUCGUGAUAGCUCUGAAGAUUUAACUUCUAAAUCUCAUUUUAUUGUGUCCAUUGACAGACAAUAGAUUAACCCAGACACUAAAAUUGUCUAAAAUUUCAUUCUAACAUAUUAUAGGAAUUUGAAAAGGACUGUUAAAUUACCACCUCCCACAUCAAGGAGAAUUUCUAGCCAAUGUAUUUUGUGUUUCAUUUCUGUAAGUGCUCAGAAUCCCACAGGCCCCUCUCAGAAGGUGUCCUUUUCUUAGCUCUGGUUCAGCUCUGGAACAUCAGAACCUGGUGUUGUAAACAUUUUCCUACCAGACGCUUUGCACAGCACUGUCUCGAAGUCACUGAUUAGUGCAAGGCACCAUAUCUGUGUAAAGGUAAGUUAAAAGGAGAACUUUCCAUAAGAAUUCCAUUUACACAUUUCAAAGGAGGCUGAGGAGUCAACUGAUUGAAUAAAGUUUCGUUCACCAUAAACACGGGAAGGACUAAGGGAUCUACUUUUUGCCCUUUCCUGUAAACUUAAAGUGGCUCUCAACUAAAUUUAUCAGAUUUUGCAUAGAUGAGGAUUUGAGGCACAGAUACAUUUGCACAUUUACAUGAUGUGAUUGGCCCGUGUUCUUUCUAGGAGCUUGUCGUCAUUACUUUCUGCCCUACUCUAUCCUUACUUCUCAAGCAAACAGUAACUCCAGGGUUGCCCUGCUUGUACGUGGCACAAGCCUGGAAAGAGAGUGCUUGAAAGUCACACUGAAACGUCCCCAAUUUGUCUACAGAACAAAGAGAAAUCAAAUUCUGCACAGCCCUGUGAGGAGCCAGACAUCUGGCUGGUCUGGAACUGCAUGUGCCCGGCAACCCUUGUCUCCAGCUCCCUUUAUCCAUCACCAUCUGGGUGUUCUGUGUUUGAACUUCCAUUGACACAGAACCUGUCCAGAUCCUGUGAAACAGAACAAGUGCAUUGUCAUGGUUCCUUAUACUUUCGACAGGAAUACUUCUUCGGGAUUUCAAACAACACAGAUCUUUCCUUGAGGUGCACUCGAAGGGCUGUUUAAACACUUCUGCCUUAUGUGGGCGUGAGAAUUGCAUUUUGUCAAGUCCCCACAAAAAUCCUGUCACUAAUAAACCAUACACGUACUACUUUUUCUGACUAAAAUUAAGAUUAUAAAUACCACCUGUGGAAUGGGGCAUUCCUCUCCACUGAACAUUACAAGAAUUUACCUAGAGAACACAGACUUUCACAAGUUGAGCAGUUUUCCUAAGAAAUGAUUUAAUAACAUGGGAAGUUAGUGGUUAAACCAGUCGACAUCCAGUAGUUUAAAUUUUAGUUUGACUUAUUAUUGCCUGAAUAGCCUCUGACACACCAAAUUUCCCAUUCGCAAGUAGAGAUAAAAACAAACCUUGCCUUCCAUGUUUCAUUGUGCUGAAGUAAUCUAAGGAGAUUUCAUGUUAUUUUUUUCAAUAGACAUGUAUACAUUCAUGCUAAUAGCUUUCCUAUUGAAAUUCUUAUCCUUAAACCUGUACAAAACAUGUAUUGAUUUGUUUUUUUUUUCCUCUAGUGACGGGGGCUAGAGGAGAAAAAUCGGUGUUUCGUAGAACUUAUCACUCAAACAGUUGUGUGUGAAUAAGGGCGGGCUAUGAAGAAAGAAGUGAAAUCCUGUAAUUGGAACAAAUCAGCUCAUCUUUUCAAAAGAGAAAAUGCCUUGAUAAGAGUUGUUCCUCUCUUGGUAUC